AUGCCCCUCCAAUUCCUCGCCUCGGUCUAUUUUGACGGCUUACCGCCAUGGUUCCCCGACCCGAUGCGCCUCCUACGAGCCAUGACGACGCUCACGGCCGUCGUCCUGACAAAAUGGUACGCCUCGGGCCGGGUCAACUUGUCCGAGCGCAACAUGCACGGCCGGGUGGUGCUCAUGACGGGCGGGACCUCCGGGAUCGGCGCAGCCACGGCCCUCGAGCUCGCGCGGCGCGGCGCCCAGCUGGUGCUCCUCACGCGCCAGCCGCCCUCGGACCCCUUCCUGGUCGAGUACGUCGACGAUCUGCGCGCGCGGUCCGGCAACCGCAUGAUCUACGCCGAGCAGGUCGACCUGGCGGACCUGUACAGCGUGCGGCAGUUCGCCACGCGGUGGAUCGACAACGCGCCGCCGCGGCGCCUGGACAUGGUGGUGCUGUGCGCGUCGACGCUGGUGCCGCCCGGCGGGGAGCGGGUCGAGACGGCCGAGGGGGUGGAGCUGACGUGGAUGGUGAACUUUCUUGCGAAUUUCCACUUGCUGGGGAUUCUGAGCCCCGCGAUCCGCGCCCAGCCCUUUGAUCGCGAGGUGAGAAUCAUCGUGCCGACGUGUUCGAGCUAUAUCGCGUCGCCGAAACUGGACGAGGAGGCGGUUGUGACGGGUGGGAGAGACGACCUGGAGGAUUGGGUGCCUGGCCGGGCGUAUGCGAGGAGCAAGCUCGCCAUGAUGGUGUUUGCUAAGGCCUACCAGAAGCAUCUGGAUGCGUACAAGCGACCGGAUGAGUUGCCGAUGAAUGCGAGGGUGGUUCUGGUGGACCCGGGCCUGGCGCGCACCGUCAGCAUGAGGAGAUGGCUUACAAGGGGGUCACUCUGGGGGCUGUUGCUGUACUUGGUGUUCUAUUUCUUUGCCUGGCUGUUUCUGAAGAGCCCGCACAUGGCGGCGCAGUCGGUGCUCUAUGCGGCCAUGGACGGUAGUCUGGGUAGAGGGGCCGGAGGCAGGCUGAUCAAGGAGUGCAUGGAGGUGGACUGCGCGAGGAAGGACGUGGACGACGAAGAGGUGGCCAAGAAGCUGUGGGAAUCGAGCGACAGGCUGAUUGAGCGUGUGGAAAAGGAGCAGGCCGUCAAGCGGGCCAGGGCGAAGAAAGAGCAGGAGAAAAAGGAACAGGAAGCAAAGGAGGCGGCGCAGGUCCAAGAGAUCGAGGCUCUUGUCGGGGCAAUCAAGAAGGGAAAAUCCAAGGAGGCAUCCAAGAAAAACACCAAGAAGGCGGAAUUCACAGGAAACACUCAGCCCGAGCUCUUCAACCCGUCCCAUUGCCACCCUGUCUUCUUCACAGCCAAGCUGCGCCGCCCACCAUUCAACGUCUUAUCGGGCGCGCAAUUAAGCCCGGUUGCGUAUGGCUAUGUCUAUCAGGAUGCGCCAGGGGGAAGCAAGAAGUCGGCUGGUCCGCGGUUGUGA